GAAAUGGAGAAAAGUGUGGCUUCUCAGUGCAUUUUGUGCUCGGGCGAGAUCAAGUCAAUCAUCAACGAGAUUGUGGUGAGCGAUUACAUGUACAACGUGCGUGAGAUGCUGCACUCUUUCACGGAAAAGCUGGACGAAAACAUCCCACCGGAGGACAUUGUGCUGUGCGAGGCGUGUGCCAUGGAGCUCUCUGGGGCUUUUGAGUUCCUCCUGAAAGUGCAGAAGGCUGAGGACGCGAUGGAGAGGCGAGAGAAUGCGGAUCUUCUUGAGAUACUGGAUGAGACGUCAGAGACGGCGGAAGAGGUGUCGCUAGAGAAGGCGACUGAGAGCGAGGACAGUCAGUUCAAUAUGGAUAUGUACAUAGAGAAGCUUCCGCCGCCAGUGGAGGAGAAGGCAGCGCCAGAGCCGCCACCGAAGAGGCGGAAAGACACCAAGAGAGCUGACUGUGACGACGUGGAGUAUCCUGCGCGUGUGGUGAUCUUCCCGCAGUUCGUGGUGUGUCAGGUGGAGCCGAAGAAGCUGCUGGAAGACGUGGCUGCGGGAAGGAUCAGUGAGGAGUUCCUGAAGCAACAGCACCGUCUCAAGAUGCUGGACGUGACGGGCGUGAUGAUCUCGCUGGAGAACCACCGCGGCGUGCUGCAGCAGCAGGUGAUCCAGACGGACGAGGACAAAGAGGACAUGUUCCUCUGUCGCUACUGCCCCAAGUCCUUCAGCACGGCGCACCAUCUCAUGAUGCACACGCGCAAGUCGCACGUGUGCCAGUUUUGCCUACAGGGCUUCGCCAAGCUGGACGAUCUGCACAUGCACAUUGAGCAGGAGCACGUGAAGUUCGAGUGCCACUUCUGUCCGCGCGAGUUCUCGUGCAACAACAACCUGCGUUCGCACCUGAAGAAGACGCACGGCGUCACGCUGCCCGCCUACGUGUCGCUGAUCACGGUGGAGAAGCAGUCCGGAGACGAAGAGGACGCCGACGAGGCGCAGAAGGGAUGAGGCGGCGUCCUGCUGGGCUGGGGACAAAGUGUGAUGUGAGGAAUGAAGGGAUUUACGAUCUGGCUGCAUUUUGGAGAACUCUUCUCAAGUCGCUUGUGUGAAAGCGUGGAGUCUCGAUGGGCGAGCAAAAAGGUGAAGAAGAAAUUGGAAAUGUGUUGAAAAUAAGAAUUUGCUGCGAAAGUAAGGGAAAUAAAUUCGUAAAUUAAUAUAUCAAUAAACAAGUAAAUUUUUAACUUUCAUGUUCAACAAAAUACAAGACAAAAUACAAGUAAAUAAUGACUGUUACAAAACA